GAUGCCGCGGUGACGUCACCGAUCAGCUGAACGGAGGCCCUCUGCCUCCCGGUGAACGGCGGCACAGUGGCCAGCGUGGGAUCGGCGUUGAGCGACUUGGGCGCCGAUUGCUGCCGCUGCUCCACCUCUUAACCCCGCGCGAAGACUGACGGGGAGGUGAGGGAGGGGGGUCUGACACCACGCCGAGUCUCCCGGGCAAGAGAGAGAGAGAGAGACGGACAGAGACACGGGGACCCUCGUGGUUCAGCCGACGCCGGACGAAAGUGGUCGUUGUAGGCUUGAAGAUUUGACAGUGGAAGACCGCAGGACCUCCUGUUAGCACCGCACGCUGCAAGGGUGGAACAAUGCAGGAGAAAAGGAACAUUCGCGUGAUCGAGUGGGCAGACCUGGACAAGCACAAGUUCUACUCCCUUGGCGUGUUCAUGAUGCUGAGCGUGCGGGCCACGGUCUACCCCUUCACGCUCAUUCGCACGAGGCUGCAGGUGCAGCGAGGCAGCAGCCAGUACCGCGGUACGGCAGACGCCUUCAUCAAGAUCCUGCAGAGGGAGGGAGUGCUGGGUCUCUAUCGGGGCUUCGCUGUCAACGCAUUAACUCUGGUGUCAGGACAGUUCUACAUCACGACCUAUGAACUCGUGCGAGACCAAGCCGGCAGGCUGGGAGCUGACAACACAUUGAAGUCACUGGCAGGCGGCGGGGUGGCUUCACUGGUGGCGCAGAGCAUCACGGUGCCCAUCGAUGUCGUGUCACAGCACCUCAUGAUGCAGGGCCAGGCCGGGGAGGGUGGCGGGCGCUUCAAAGUGCAGGACCAUCCAAAGCGGGGUCUGAACGGCCACGCGGCCCAGGUGGGCACCGAUCCGACGGAGGGCAGACGGGGGCGCCCGUCCUUUGGGCAAGCCAGGGACAUUGUGAGGCAGAUUCGGCAGGUGGACGGCAUGCGAGGGUUCUACAGGGGCUACCUGGCCUCACUGCUCACCUACAUCCCCAGCAGCGCCGUCUGGUGGCCCUUCUAUCACUUAUAUGCUGAGCAGCUGUCUAGUAGGGCCCCCAGCAACUGUCCUCACCUGGUCCUCCAAGCAGUCGCCGGUCCCAUGGCGUCCGUCACAGCCUCCGUGCUGACAAACCCCAUGGACGUUAUUCGGACUCGUCUGCAGGUGGAGGGCCGUUCUUCCAUCUUGGAAGCAUUGCGGCAGUUGUGGGCACAGGAGGGCAUGUGGGGCUUCACCAAGGGCCUGUCGGCGCGCAUCGCAUCCUCUGCGCCCACGUCAAUGCUUGUCGUCCUGGGAUACGAGACUCUGAAGCGCCUUAGCCUGAGGGCUGAGCUGGUCCACACGCGGCAUUGGUAGCGAUGGUAUCCGUCGGCUCGCCGCUUUCGUUCGAUUUCCCGCAGCUCUUGUGGGCUUCUCGGAGACAUUGGCGGCUCUCGCAAGUGACAGCUGUGUGGCCGUCGGUGCAAUUGAGGCUAGGUUUGCAGACAAGCAUCCAUCUGUUCUGCAAAAGGUUUUUUUUUUAUUGCCUCUGAACCUGCCAAAUAGCUAUGAAUCGCAAAGCGAAAUGUAUUUUGCGGAAAUCUUUUGAUCGGUAGGAAUGGACUUUACUGUAUGCGAGUGGCAAUAAUGUCCUUUGUCUGCACCAACUCUUGAAUUUGUUAAAGCAUUGAUGUGACUGCAUAAGUAAUCAAAGGUUAAUGGUUCUGCUGGGCAACCACUGGCGGUAACAGAAGACGAACAUGAUUUGACACCAACAUCGACAACAGAGUGGGAAGGUAAAUGGGUGUAAAUAAUUUUUAAUUUAUACAAACUUAAUGUGUUUUAGGAAAUUGAUUUGCGCUUUCAUUGCCGAUUGAUGGAACGUGGUAUUAAUAUUGUGGGUCCAAAGUGCAGUGCAGUUUGGUGACACUUGUUAUCGAUAUUAUUUUUAAAAGCUGCAUAUUUCAGUCGGGUAAUUUGUAACAAUUUUACUAAAUAAGAUCGGUGCUUGAAAAGUUAUUCAAAAUGGUACAUUUUGUGAGAAUGUAGUGCUCCAUUUUUAUUUCGAUGGGUUCAACUUGAAUUGUGACCCAGCUUUCAUGUCGCUGAUGUAGAUUCAAAGCAACAACUACAAUUUGACAUUAAGGUAGUGAAGCCAGAUAACCGCGUCAGGAGUAUCAGAGUGUAUCGCUGUGAUGUCUCUUUGGUAUUUGUCAAUCAGGCAUUACAUUGGUAUAUGUUGUAUGGUCUGUUCUGGACGACCACAGUCACACACUGGAGAGUUUUUAAUUUUCCAUUUGUGCAUCGGGUAUCUGCAUCUGCUAUGUUUUUGUGGAUGCGGUUUAGAGUGGACCAUGAACUUCGUGUAGGAUCAAACCCAGAGAUCUUUGCGUUGGGUCUUUCACAAUGUGUUUGUGAGUUAUUUUGAACUCCAUUCAGCUCUACAAGCUUCAUUGCGGUUGAACUUGUGACUGCAAGCUGCAUACGCGGUGGAUCAGUGAACCUUGAAUGUCACAGCAGCCUAUCCAUUGAACACCUCUGAGGUGGCGUUGCAAAAACAGCAUUAUUGUAUAAACGGUGUGUGGUGAAAGGCAGUGCUCAGUUAUGCUGUUGAUAUGCUUGGUGUUUUAUGUGAUUGAAAAGUCUUGCAUCCCUAAUGGCAAUCAACUUUUACUCUUAAUUAGCCAAGUACUGUAACAACUCAUCGAUGCAUCGAUAAAAAUGUUAACACCAUAUACGCAAUGAAUCGUACAAUGGGAUUAUGUGCGAUUUAAAAUUGUAAUGCAAAUGAAGAGACUCACAUUUUGGCAAAUGGAAUGUCAAAAAUAAAAGGCAAAAUCAAUGUUUGCUAUGAAUUACAAUCCCAAGUUAUGACCGUUGAUGUGAUCGUUUUUAGGAAUGGAACGGGGGUGCAGUGCUGUAUCAUGUGUUAUUGAGCACUUGCUGGGGCCAGUAAUUAUCCUUGUGUUAAACACAGUCCGUUCACCCCUAUAAAAUUAACGAUCGUUUUGUGGUGUACACACGUCGGCGUACCUCUGCUUCCUGGAUGCUCUUGUUUGUCCGCUCACAUCUCACUGUGUUAUCUGUGGAAUAUUCUAUCAAAACAUGUUUGAAAAUUGAACUGUCGCUUACUUUUCUGAGCCGCAAAAGUUGUAACAACAUUCACAAUAACAGAACAGGACUCUCUGUGAGAGACGCUGAAGAUCACAAGGUGGAAAGCAUCUGUCAUGAGCAUUGACCCUCAAUUAUGAGGUUGACACUGGAUAGAAGAUAGGCGUUGACACAGGCACAUUGAUAGGCAUGACAGUGGCUGUACCGUAACUCAUGUGAGUGCCGAUCUCCACAAUCAGUGCUGUAACGAAUGCCUAAGAGUCUCUUGUGCAUGUGUGUGAGCAUUGUAUUGAUGGCUGUGUUGACUCGUGUAAAUACAAAACGUGUGUUAUUUUGGUAGGUUGUGGAUGAUCAGAUAAUAAAUGAACGUCGAUUUUGUAAAAAAAAAAAACUAAGUACAUUUUAUUUCAGUCAAUUUGGCGAAAGGGUAUUCUGCCCCAAUGUUUUCUACCGCUUAGCAUCAUGAAGCAUUGUGUGUUCUGCCAGAUUGAACAAAUUAUGCUGGUCAAGAAGUCCCAUAGCCCAAUGCACUUAUAAUGUUAUUUGGUUACGUGAUGAAAUAGACCCUUGCAUGUUAAUUUUCUAAAUCAUGUGAGUUGUAAUUAUGUACAAGUAAAUAUUGCAGGCAAACUAUUUUCAAACUGUCAAUACCAACAUGCACUAAUGAGAUUAAUUAUUUGCCACUGGAGUACAGGAAAACGUUUCUCGAAGACUUAACAGUAACACGUGAUGUUCACUGUCAAAGGCAACCUAUUGAACAACUAUUACAUUUAAAUUAAAGACUAAAAGCCCAUUGAGUUCGUUGUUUAUUUGAAAUGCCGUUGAAUUGGCUUGUCUCGUACAGGCAAAACAUCCACAAUGUCUGCUGGCUUGAUAGUGCGUUUUAAACGUGUUACAUUUU